UGCAGGCAUUAAUUGGAUUACUGUCAUUCGCAAGGGAUAAUGCACAGAGAUGUCAAGCCUCACAAUGUUAUGAUUGAUCAUGAGCUGCGUAAGCUUCGGCUCAUAGAUUGGGGUCUUGCUGAGUUUUACCAUCCUGGGAAAGAGUAUAAUGUCCGUGUUGCAUCAAGAUACUUUAAGGGACCUGAACUUCUUGUGGACUUGCAAGACUAUGACUACUCGUUGGAUAUGUGGAGCCUUGGUUGUAUGUUUGCUGGGAUGGUGAGUGGUGGCUGCAUUAUGUUCUUUUUUCGUAAGGAACCUUUUUUCUACGGCCAUGACAAUCAAGAUCAGCUGGUGAAAAUCGCCAAGGUAAAGUUUGUAGAACUUAACUCAGUUAUCAGAUCUCAUGUUUUCCAUAGUCGUCAUGAACAUAUCUCUCUCGACUUGUUAUUUCUCCCAAGGUGCUUGGGACAGAUGAAUUGAAUGCGUAUCUAGAUAAGUACCAGUUAGAACUUGAACCACAACUUGAAGCACUCGUUGGACGGUAAUUUGAAACAUUAUUCUGUAGUGAGAGUUAAACCAUAUAUAAGUUGUAUGCUGAAUCAUUAUGAGGUGCAAUGGAUACACAAACAACAGGCAUAGCAGGAAG